AUGAUGGACAGAAACAAGAAUGGCGUCACGGGUAUCUUCUGGAAGUGCGCGCGCGUGGGAGAGCGGUUGAGUCCGUAUAUUAGCAUAUGCUGCGUUGUCAUGGCUGUUCGUCAACCCCCGUCCCUCAUCCUCACCUGA